AUGAGGGUUAUGUUAGUGAUUAAUCACAUCUCUGAGUGUUUUGACUGGAAACAACUCGAGCUUCAGUAUCAACAUGAGUACAACAACAUCAGUAAUAGCAUUGGAUUGACAGAAAACCCCAUGGUCAAUUUCUCUGGAGUUGUAGGAACACCCCUUCUUGCUCUUGGUACUGAUCUUUCUUACGACAUUGCAUCCGGCUCCUUGUUUUCUUUUGUCGAUGUGUGUUUUUUCUUCAAUGCUUCUUACUGCCACGUUGAGAGUCCCUUGACCUAUACAGAUGUUGGUGCCAAGCUUGCCCAUAGUUUCAGUACAAAUGAGAACACCUUGACCAUUGGUACCCAGAAAGCUUUGGACCAAUUGACUUCUAUCAAGGCUAGGAUCAACAACCAUGGUAAGGCAAGCGCUCUUAUCCAGCACGAGUGGAGGCCAAGGUAUGAUUAUAGGUGCAGUUGGGUCAACCGUCUAUUGCCAGUCGCACUGGCUCUCGUUUUCCUUACUAGUCAGAUCAUUUCAGAUUUACCCAUUCAGGCAUUUCAGUAA